UAUUAAGGAUUGGUGUAAAUUUUAGGAAGGAGUUAAACUGUUCAUCAUUAUGGUCUUGUCUUUCUCCAACAACCGUUUCAUUAGCUUCUGCCUACCCUUUCUCUUUUAUUCAUAACUCACCACCCACUCUCUCUCACAUCAUCUUCAUCUUUCUCACACAUCACAAUCACAUCAUUACAUUACAACAAUGGACUCAACAACCGCCGCCAACGAGGUUGUCCACGAGUUUCUCCCCCUCCUCCGCGUCUACAAAGACGGCCGCAUCGAGCGCCUUCUAGGCACCGAAACCACCCCUUCCGGCACGGACCCCCGCACCACCGUCCAAUCCAAAGACGUCACCAUCAACGCCCAAACCGGCGUCGCCGUCCGCCUCUACCUCCCACCCGCCGCCGCUUCCUCCGCCACAAAAAAACUCCCCCUUUUGAUAUACAUCCACGGCGGCGCGUUCUGCGUAUGCACCCCCUACAACCCCGCCUACCACCACCACCUCAACGCCGUCUCCGCCGCCGCCAACGUCGUCGUCGCCUCCGUUCACUACCGCCUCGCCCCGGAACACCCCCUCCCUGCUGCCUACGAAGACGCCUGGGAGGUCCUCCAGUGGGCCGCCGCCGGCCCGGAGCCAUGGCUUAACUCCCACGCCGAUCUAAACACCGUCUUCCUCGCCGGCGACAGCGCCGGCGCCAACAUUGCCCACAACGUCGCCAUGCGAGGAACCAUGGAAGGCUUCACAGGGCUAACCCUCCAAGGCAUGGUCUUGCUCCACCCGUACUUCGGGAGUGAUAAAAAAGAUGAGCUUUUGGAAUUUCUUUACCCUUCCUACGGAGGGUUCGAGGACUUUAAGAUACACUCUCAGCAGGAUCCGAAACUGUCGGAACUGGGGUGUCCGAGGAUGCUGAUCUUCUUGUCGGAGAAGGAUUUUCUGCGUGAGAGAGGGCGCAGCUAUUACGAGGCGCUGAAGAAUAGUGGGUGGAAGGGGAAGGUGGAGAUGGUGGAGUUCGAGGGCGAGGACCAUGUGUUUCAUUUGUUCGACCCUACUAAGGAUAAAUCUGUGGACCUCGUUAAGCAGUUUGUCGCUUUCAUCAGCCAAAGGAGUCAAUUGUAAACUUUUUUUUAUAUCUUCGAUUACUAUCAAUAAAAAAAUAUAAAACAUAAUUAUCUAUCAUCAACGUUAUUGUUAUGAACUUUUAUGGUUUCUUUUUUAUUGAGUUAUUACUUUGGUUUUGUUACUUUUGUAGCUUUGAGAAAUGGAAUUGAGUUACGUGGAACUGAGCUGAGCCAAUUUUUUCUCUUUUCUGAAUUCCAAUCAUCUUGUUCUGUGUUUUUGUCAGAAUUCAAGUGCAAAGAGAAAUGGGUAAAUGGCGUCGCUCAA